AAUUCUGGUCAGCCAAACACGGCCCAGUGUUCGCAUAUAUAUCGCAUAGAUGCCUAUGUUCCCAAAUUAAAACCAUCAAGAAAAAUGGCGAACGGUGAUGGUGGUAAGGUGUCUUUCAAGGUCAUUUUAACAUCCGAUCCCAAGCUUCCCUUCAAAGUGUUUAGUGUUCCGGAAGGAGCUCCAUUUACUGCCGUUUUGAAAUUUGCUGCUGAAGAAUUUAAAGUCCCUCCCCAAACUAGCGCUAUCAUCACCAAUGAUGGUGUUGGAAUCAACCCACAGCAAAGUGCGGGCAACGUUUUUCUGAAGCAUGGCUCAGAGCUGCGGUUGAUUCCUCGUGAUAGAGUUGGUGCGUCAUGGAUAUCAGGCUAGAUACUACUGAUCUUCAUCUAAUUAAAUCAGUUGUGUAUUUCUUCUGUUAUGAAGUUGGUGGUUCAUGUUGUAACUGUGUUGGGUCAUACUAUGAAAGUUUACCAUAGUCUCUUUUGAAUAAAGACAAAUGGAAAUUUGGGACAAAAACCAAAUAGUGUGAAUGCCAGAAAUGGGUUUUUGAUA